CAAUUGUUUAGUUGUCAAUUGUCAUUUUGAUUCUUUUCCGGGACUGAAUCAUUUUAUUGUUUCGCUGUACGAAAAUUGUAUAAUUUCGUUAAAAUCACGUGAAACACGAAUAAAGUGAAGUGAAUACGAAGAUGGCGAACCUUAAGUCGGAUUUGGAUCAAUACUUACUACAGAACGAGAGCCGUCGCAGUUAUAAGUUUAGUUUACCGUUUUCAACUCCCAGUUUCUUAUCGAGAAGUACUGAGGAAUCUCCGACCACUAGCAGUACAGGGAGCUGGUUUGAGAAUGUGCAGAAGGAAUAUUUCACGUUGAGUCGGACCCAGCGUUUCAUGGGAUUUGGCGUCUGUUUGUUCUUUGGCAUAUUGUGCUUCAUUCUAUCAUUCUUGUACAUACCCGUGCUGUUGCUGCAAGCUAGGAAGUUUGCAUUACUAUUCACAUUGGGAAGCUUGUUCUUUAUACUGAGCUUCAGUUUCCUGUAUGGGCCGUGGGCACAUCUCAAAUCCAUGUUCUCCAAGGAGAGAGCUCUGACCACCUCUCUGUAUGGAAUCACCCUCAUAGCAACACUCUACUGCGCCCUGCAUCUUCAGAGCACUCCCUGGACCAUUGUAUGCGCAGUGUUACAAGUCGUAGCUCUGUUCUGGAUGAUGAUGGGAUCUAUUCCAGGAGGAUCCACUGGAGCUAGAUUUUUCGGAAGCAUGUUUAAAUCGUCUGUGUCAAACACGCUACCUAUUUAACACUUAUUUAAGUGUGAACACUUUGUGAUUAUGUAUGUGUAUUGUGUGGUGGUUCUAUUAGAUAUAAAUACUUUAAAGCUCAAACUCUCGUGAGUCUCGACUUUGGUAAUGAAGGGAACAAAUGUGACAGGAGUAUAUUUUAUGGUUUCAAAAACUGUAUGUACAGUGAAACUUUGAUAUCUACAGUUAUUUGUAGGAAAAUAUCGACUCCUUACCGAGGGCUACCAUUACAUAAACAAACUCGACUGAAUUUCAUGAGACCAUCCUGAGUAUAAAUAUUUAAUAAUUUAGCUAACAAAUUAUGUUCCUUGUUUUUUAAGCAACAUUAUGGAGUUUGUAUGGAAAAAAUACUUUAUUUUAAAGAAAAUUUAUAAUAUUUUAUUUAAAGCUUAUUAAUGGCAUACUUAAUUGUUUGAUUCAAUAGAAACUUUACAUAAAAAAUGUCCUCAGUACAUUACUCUUUACUGUAGAAAUAAUCUCUUUCAAAGCCGCUAGAGUGAUAAAAGGGGCAAUUAAAAUAAACGCUUGGGUUACUUAUUUUAAUGCAAAAAAAUGUAUUCAUCAACAUCCUUAUUUAUAAGAAAACAUAAUUGUGGUUUUUAUUCAUAUAACACAAUGAAUAAUGGUACAAAAACAAGUAAUAGGAGAAACUUGGUCAAAUAUUAGAUGUCUUUGUCUAGAAUAACUAUUGACACUUACAGAAAAGAGAUGGAUGUUAUGACAGUUUGUCAGUUUCUACAGAAAGUAUAAGUAAAAGUAGUUCUAAUUUUAUAAAAAUAUUGCCUAAGCCAUUCUCUAACACUAUCACUGUAGUCUCUACUGUCACCAGCUGUAUUUUAUUCAAAAUCCUGUGUGUGGUGUGGCCUUUAUCCAGUAGUGAAUCUGAUAGUUUCUUUCAGAAAAAAAAACUAAUUCUUUUACUAAUUAUGAAAUAAUAAUAAUAAUAGUUGAAUCUCAACCCAAUAGAUUUCAUAUUCUGAUAUCAAGUGAUGACCCUAAUUUUCCUAUCACCGCCUUAUUCCCAGACAAAAUAAAGUGUAAAUAUUGUAAAAAAAAUGGUCUUAUUUAAUAACUAAAAUGUAUUACAAAUAUACAUUACACAUAAUUGUAUUUACUGUUAAAACGGUACUACUAAUUAUAAAGGCGAAUGUACAAACACGCUAAUUUAAUACACAUUACCUUAAUUGGGAGUUGUUAAUUAUGUGUAUAGAUCAUUGACGUAAUGGUCUAUUAACAUGAAAAGUAAAUAUGGGUCAAUUCAGUGUAAACGCUUGAGUUCAUUCGGCCGGUUAGCGGUCUGAAGAUAGCUCAUAUUCUAUUGUCUAUAUAUACCCGAAGUCAAAACCACGCUGCUUGUGACUGACUUCAGACUGGGAAUAUGAAAGAUCACAUAUUGAAUGAAUAGGAUAGUUGACUACAUUUUUUUAUUAUAAGUUUUAUCAAAAAUAUAAGUCAUCUCAUAUCUAAGCGAUUAAGAAUUUCCAUAAUCCACGCAAUAAUAAAUAAGUUAUAAAGCUUUGAUAUUUUGGUGGAUGCAAUAGCCGUCAAAUAACAAUAAUGGUAAACUAUGACGUCACUUGCCAUAACGCUGUGCGCGUGAGAAAGAGAUAGCCCGAUAAUGACAAUAAUUAUUCAUUGGAAGGAUGCACAAAUUGGAUACUACUGCGUGAGAAAAAAUAUAUACUUGUAUUGAUUUCUUGCCUUUUUGUUUAAUUUGUACUAAUGUAGUUUUAUAUUUAUUAACUGAAAUUUAAAAAAUAUAUUUUUAUAAGCACACCUAUUACUUUCAUUACAUCGACUUGUAUAACGAAUGAUUGAAACAUUGUGAUAAAGGAGAAAUAUUAUGUAAAAUUUAACAACAAAGCUAAUUUCAAAUAAAAUCAAAACCAAAUUUUGUGUCUAAUCUUAUCUUUCUAUGAAUGAAAAUGAUUGAUUGAUUUAUGAUAUCCUAGGCACGAUUCUUGGGUCAAACAAAACUAUUCGAAAUGUAAGUUUAUUUGUGUCCGGUAGCCCGCUCCUAUACAUGGAACGGAAAUAGAUACCACUUUUGUCAACCCCUUUGGAGGUAAAGGGUGAUUAUAAACCGUGCAUUUAGAUUUAUGCAAUUUCUAUAUUAGGUUUGUGCGAAUAUUUACUUUUAAUAAUAUAAUUAAAAAUACAUAUUUAUUGUUUCUUACUGCCAAAUAUUAGUUGGCUGUUAAAAUAUUUAAGAUACUCUAGAACUUCUUAUUAGGUAAGUACUAUUUCUAUGCAUUUAAUCAUAAAUUUAAAGGAAUGCUAUCGAAAGGCGAGACCACGGAUUUCGGUAACAAUAACAACAAAUACUCGCACCUUUAUAAUAUGUAAACAAUUCUAAAUAAGUAUAUUUUUUGUGAUUUCGAGAAGAGUUGUUCGCGAAUACGAAGUCCGCGGCCAAGCUAAAAAUGCAAUGACCUAUAGGUUGGGAUCCUACAUGUAUAGAGAUAGCGGCAUAUCAGGUGUAUUUAAUAUAACUAUAUUUUGUACAGAAACUUGGCGAUUAUUAAAAUAUUUCGUUUUAACUA